AAUUUUGCCUGACCCACCCCCAGCAGACGUCUUAAGAUUUCCAUAUCUACACAUCUCGCUUACUGUAUUUUAACACUUUCUUUAAAAUAAACUUGUAUGCAUUUCUUUAAGUAUUGGCCUUGUAAAACACAGAGUAGAAAGUGUUUUGAUUUCUCUUUUGGAAUUUGUAUGUGAUAAUAGGGUCACGUGAUUUUGUAGGUUAUCAUCUCAAUUAGAUUUAAUUAGUUCAAUGUAGAGCUGCUGUGAUACACGGGCAUUGACAGGACUAGAGGACUUCAGAAGGACAAGAGGACACCAAUAAAAUGUCUUACGCGGCGACAAUUUUAGGCAGCUGGGCAUCCUACAACAAGUUGGUGUCCAGCAAUGAUGACGACUGGGUGGACAGACUGAACCAUCUCUACACGGUCAUCCUGCUGGCCAUCUUCGCUGUCUUUGUCACCGGUGGUCAGUAUGCCGGCAACCCCAUCGAGUGCUGGGUGCCGGCACACUUCACCGGCUCAUACAGGUCCUACGCCAAGUCCUACUGCUGGGUCAAGAACACCUACCAUGUCCCCAUGGACACGCCCAUCCCGUCGGUCAAAGGUGAGAGGAGCCAGGAGGAGCUGACCUACUACCAGUGGGUGCCGGUCAUCCUUCUCUUCAUGGCGCUCUUGUUUAAGUUCCCCGCCUUGGUCUGGAGGGGGUUAAACGGCUUGUCAGGUCUCAGCAUUGACAAGAUCGUCACCAUGACAACCAGUACACAAUACGGGGACGAGGCCAAGCGUGAGGAGACGUUAGAGCACAUCUCGACAUUCCUGGACCGCUGGCUGGACACUCGGGUCAAGCGAUGCCUUAGGAGGAACCUCAUCAGUCGUCUGUGUGCUUGCUGCGCCGACAGGGGAGGUAAGAUCCUGACCACCAUCUACCUGCUCGUCAAGUUCCUCUUCCUACUCAACGUCAUCAUCCAGUUCUUCCUGCUCAACGCGUUCAUGGGCGACUGGUACCACGUCUACGGGUUCGAGGUUCUUGAAGGUCUCAGCUCGGAUGAAAACUGGACCGACUCAGCGAGGUUCCCCAAGGUGACGAUGUGCGACUUUGAGAUCCGCCAGCUGGCCAACAUCCAGACGUACACGGUGCAGUGUGUCCUACCCAUCAACCUCUUCAACGAGAAAAUCUUCAUCUUCCUCUGGUUCUGGUUUGUCUUUGUGGCCGUCUGCACAUCUGGCAACUUCCUGUUCUGGAUCUGGCGGGCCCUGGUCAAGAACAGCCAGGCCGCCUACAUCAAGAAGUAUCUGUCCAUCCUUGACCAAGUCAGGACCACAGAAGACAAGAAGUUGGCCCGCAGAUUUGCUGAAGAAUAUCUGCGUGACGACGGCGUCUUUAUCCUGCGUCUGAUUGCCAGGAACACGAGUGACAUCCUGAUCGGGGACUUGAUCCUCAAGAUGUUCAACAGGUUCAAGGACAAGCCGGCCAUCAAGGCCAGUAGGACCAAUGAUGACGAGGAUCAUCUUUAGAACUGUGUCAACUAACAGAUUGAACAAAAAAUACAUUAUUAAUAAUUUUUGUUUACAAUUAUUGAAUCGAUCAUAAACAAAUGGCUAGACAGCUCGUGUUUGAUGCUGACACCAAUUGUUAUCUUGGUUUGCAAUCAAGUAUGGUCAACUCGCAGCUGUAACACUGUGACAGGCCUAGGUUCCCUCCAACAUUGACUAGACUCAUAGGCUAUCUGUGGAAAACCUGACUGACAGUUCGACAGUGCAUAGUGACAGGGAUAAGGAUGUCAGUGACAGAGACAGAUACGGAUAGUAGAUUAGGAUAUCUUAGUAUCCUGAGAAAGUAUUACGAAAAGCUGACUUAAACAGGGCAUUAAUAGAAAAAGUACUUCAGGUUUUAAGACGUUAUUUAUAAUCAGUUUCAGAUUUCAACAGUAUCUGCGAGUGUAUUUCAACAGUAUCUGCGAGUGUAUUUCAAUACAUUGUUUUUAAGGUGAGCUAAAUUCCAGAUAUUUGCCAUUCAUCAGCUGAUAGAAUGUAUUCGCAUCUUUAAAUCACAAAACUAGGCGGCGAAUAAUAUUAUAUGUAUAUUAAAAUAUUUCGCUUUAA